AUGACGGAGGGUGCUCUUCGUAAUCUCGGGUCCAGCAGCGAGGAGCUGGCGGGCAUCCUGAGAAGCGAAAGCAGCGGACAUGGACAUUCCAGCACGAGAGAGUUACCGGAUGAUUACAGUUCCGUCCAAACCAACGCAGAGCUCCGAAACACCGAGCCGGCGGCCGCCUCCGCUCAUCGAGAUGCCAACUCCGAAGUCAUCGAACGAUGGAUUAGGCUCCAACUCGCAGACAAUGGAGCAGCCUCCACCAACGACCACGCCUACCGAGAGGCACCCACGCCGCGGAACGACGUCCACCGAUCUCCGGAGUCGUGGGGCCGCGCGCCGGGAUACAUGGUUUGCUACGCUGAUCUGGGCAGCGAGGGCCACAGGAGAGUUUCGGUGUAUAAGAUGGGGGCGGAGGGGCGGUGGGAACUGGUGGGGGAGGCGUUUGGGGAGCUGACGUUUGGCCAGCUGUACUUUGCAGCCCCGUCGGAGGCCUAG